AUGAAGGAGAAGGGUUGCAGCCCAGAUGUGGUCAGUUUCAAUACUUUGAUCAGGGGGUUUUUUCGGGAGAGGAAGUUUGAGGAUGCGAUCGCAAUGGCUUAUGAGAUGAUCGAACUGGGGUGCCAGUUGUCGAGUGUGACUUGUGAGAUUUUGGUCGAUGGCCUCUGUACGGAAGACGGAAAUAUUCCAAGCUUGAUUGCUUGUACUACUUUGGUGGAAGGGUUGAGGAAGCAGAAGAAAAGGGAAGAUGCACUUGCUUUGAUGGAAAAUAUGCUUAAAGAAGGUAUUGUACCAGACAUUGUGACGUUUAAUUGUUUGCUUGAGGAUCUUUCUGAUAUAGGGAAGACUGUGGAAGCAAACAAAUUGAGGUUGUUGGCGCAAAGCAAGGGUUUGGAACCAGAUGGCAGGAUGUACAGGAUUCUGGUAUCUGGUUUUACAAGAGAAAGAAAGAGAAAGGAGGGCCAGAUUCUGAUGGUUGAGGACAAUGUACUGCCUGGGAGCGAACAGAACAGAUACUGGUACGUGCACAAAACAACGAGUGGAAAGGAACGGAAACUUCGCAUUGAGUUGUACGAAUUGUAA